AAAAGCAAAAAGAAGAAUGCCAUACCUUUGAAUGUUGGAUACCGGGGGAAUCUACUGUCCAAGCACUAUUAUACAGUAAAGUCUGCAAUCUACAACAACGCAAUGGACACCAGCCCAGUAUUACUAGGUAUACUAUAGCGGAUUGACUUUCAUUGAUGGGAUCCAUAUCUAAAGCCCAGUUGGCUCCCUUGCCAAGGACAGAGGUCCUUGUCUAUUGGGUGCUUUCCUUGGGCUCUCAUCUCUACUCUUUCUAUCAACUUCACAGGUUCAGCAAAGAGUAUGAAGUGGGAUUAGAGAGAGAAUUCCAGUUGGAAAAGGGCCUUGUUAAAGGUUUUAAAAGGGACCCUUUAGAUUUUGAGUGGAAUUUCUGGACUGACUGGGCUAAGCACUCUUUACUGUGGACUCUGAUUGGUCAUGCUGUCUUAUCAAGAUUAACCAGCAUCUUUUACCCCAAGCUUAGAGUGCCAGCACUUGCGAUAUAUGGCUUCUUAGCAGCCAGCAGUGUUUUGGGGAUUAAAGGUGUGAGUGUGCUGCUGGUACAUCUGGGCUUGUCCUUUUCUAUGGCCCAGCUGCGAAAGCCCGCUCUGUCGUGGGCAUGUAACCUGCUGCUGCUCUACACACCUCAUAUCAACGAACUUCAAGACAUCCAGAGAGGCUGGUAUGAGAGUGAUGAGGAGCACUAUCUGCUGCUCUUCAGUGUUGCUGUUUGUGGUCUGCGCUUCAUCAGCUUCAGCCUGGAGCACUGCUGGAGCCCUGAAGACCAAUGCAGUGUUGUGCAGCUUUGCUGGCUGUUUUCGUAUACCUUCUAUCAUCCUUUUUUCUAUAAUGGACCCAUUAUAACCUACAAAAACUACAUUGAGCAGAUGCAGAAGUCUGCGGAGGAAAGUAACAGGGAUGAAUCUGCCCUUAGUUACUUGGUGCUCAGAUUAGGACGGAUCAUUUUGUGGUGGUGUAUUGCAGAAUACAUGAUCCACGUCAUGUACAUGCACUCCAUCCAGUCUAAUGAGACCUACAUAGAAAUUCUUCCUCCUUGGGCCUUAGGUGGUCUUGCUCUAGCUGUCGUCCAGUUCUUCUAUGUGAAGUAUCUGGUACUGUUCGGCCUUCCAUCCAUGCUCGCUACUUUGGAUGAGCUCGUUCCCCCCAAGCUUCCCCGUUGUGUCAGCAUCAUGUACAGUUUCACAGGCAUGUGGAGGCACUUUGAUGAGGGGCUGUAUCGAUGGCUCAUCAGAUACAUCUAUGUUCCACUGGGAGGUUCACGCCAUGGUCCUCUUUGCAAAAUGUUUUCCACUGGCGUUGCGUUUGGAUUCGUCUGCCUCUGGCACGGUGGACAUGACUUCUUACAGUACUGGGCCCUGAUGAAUUGGGCUGGAGUUCUGGUGGAAAAUUCUCUGAAGUCUCUCUUUGCCUCGACCUUUAUUCACUCCGUAGUUGAGCAGAAUUUCUCUGCGGCGAUGAAAAGGCGAUGCAUCGCCCUUGUCUUUGCCUUCUCCACUGCUAUGCUCAUCCUUUCUAAUCUGGUGUUCCUUGGGGGAAUACAUGUUGGCAGAAUCUUCUGGAAGCGUGUCUUCAUUCACGGCUGGUCUACCAUGGCCCCACCAAUGCUAGCUUUCCUCUACUGCUAUGCUCAGAUUGGGCUUGAGUGGACUCCUCACCCACUGUGAGUCACCUUGACUUAAGAGCAGUGACUGAGAAUCCCUGCUACUGGACAGAUACAACAACCUGCUGACUCCACUGCCUUGCUCUCACCAGCCAGAGUCUCACUGUGGUGGACCUGGCUCAUAGCCACACAACCUGUCCAAACCUGGCUGGAGUACGGCUGAGCAGCCACUUUCCAAAACCCGCAGGUCUGCACAAAAUUUGUCUGUAAACUGAUACUUACAGAGAAAGUUUUCUGAACUUUGGGUGAAAUGUAAGUGCACCCAAACUGUAAUAAAAUUGCUGAAAAUUUAGGGCAGUCUGUAAUAGCAGCUCUGAGGCAGUAAGCUAGAUGAAAUCACUGCUAUUCUAAGAAACUGUAAAAGAAAAUGUGGACUCUGAAUCUCUCUCUUGGUUAUAUGACUUUGACAAGGUAUUGCUUGGAGUUGCAGGAAGCUGAAGAAAGUACCGUCUUCCUGUAGCUCUCCACAAAAAACAAUCAGAUGUAGACGGUUGACAAAAAAAAGCAUAUCCAACUGCAGUCUUUGAUUCAAAACACUAAUCCUGUUGAUUAUCAGUUUAUUACAUCUGGGAUGUAAUAAAUGACAAGCUGCUUUUGGCUUUUUUGUUGUUACAUACUAAAUCACCUUUCAUUUCCAAAAUGUCAACAUAACAACUAAAUUUAGACAAAAGUAAAAUCUCAUUUUGUUGCAAAACUCAUCUGCCAUCUGUCCAAAUCUGUCAAGUACUUGGUCAUCAAGGACUGUCAGAAUGUGCCUGCUCAGUCAAAGCAAUGUGAUUAACGCUGAGGGUUAUGAAACAGCAGAGGAGUCCAAUCCAUUUGUGCUUUACUGUAAAGCUUUUGUUUCAAGGGGGUUUUGCAAGUCAUAGGCUGAUUACACAUGUGAGAGUGACACUGCUGAAUAAUGUGCAUUAGAACUGAUAGAUGUUGUUGUUGUUGUUGUGUGUGUGUGUGUGUG